AUGUCUUCAAUCACAAGAACCCUAAUCACAAUGGCUCCUCCAUAUGUUCUUUACACAUAUGCUCCGACUCCAAACGCCAUCAAAGCUACUGGAACUCCUGAUUCUCCCAUCGUCAUCAUGGCGAACAAUGUAGCUUUCUCUCCUAAUAUCCCUAAAAAUUAUGUGAAUACGGGAUUUGAAGAUUUUGUGGCCUAUCUUUCAGCUUAUCCACUUCACUAUGCUUUUGUAUAUGUUCAUGAUUCUUUUCUUCCACAACAUGUUUUUGAGUUCCACUUCACCACUACCUUCACUGAUGCUGAAGUAAUUGUUGGCAUACUCAAUGAUGGAUAUCAUAUGAUUUCAAUGACUAUAAUGGAUGUUCGAAGAGCCCUACGACUCCCAAUUCAUGACAAAAAUUUUCAUCUUCCAUCUAUCGAUGAAUGUCGUGCUAUUCUAGUAUGGUCAACACUCAUCCUUCAACAUUUUGGUACUGGUUAUGAUGAUGAUCAAGCUGAAGAUUGGAUUCACUCCUUCACCUCCUCCAAGUUGUUUAAUCAAGAUCCUGAUGAUGAACGGAGAAUUACAAAGGGUAUGCAGAAGUGGAUUAAUGCUCCACGUGAGUAUGAAAAAUUGGCAUAUGUGGCUCCUACUGUCUUAUCAGAAUAUGAAUUAAUGGGGAAUGAAAUCCACUUAGUGUCAAACCAAGAAACUUCCGAACACACAAAGACUUAG